GGGAAAUUGUGAGGGAAUGUCCGUCUGUGCCCUCUCUGGCCCCUAACCCCGUCUUGUCUACCUUGAACACUUCCUGUCUGUUUAUUUCGUAAUAACCUGGUCAAGUGACUAUCUCCUGGUGCCAUAAUCGUAAUGCCACAUAUGGGAUCAUGCAGGCAUGCGCUGGUCUGGCACGUCGACCAUGUGAUCAUGACUAAAGUUGCUCUUUCUUCCUGUUGUGUAACCCGAACAGGAAACGGACAGACGUGUCCUUCCCGCUUUUUUCACCUCUGUGAUUAAUUAAGCAUGAGUGGAAAACGAGUUCCCGUCGAGGUCGGAGAUGGGACUAGACCAAGACCCAUGCCAUCUGGACCUUCAGAGGCGCUACGUCGAUUGAGGGAUUUUCACGUUGGCCCACCUUCUGAGGAUUCGAAAAGGAGGGAUCCAACGAUGCCGAAGCAUCAUCAUCAUUUCCUGAGAUCCAACUCGACGCACUUCCCAUCUAUUGCUGCCAAAAAGAAGUUUCAAAGUGUUUGGAACCAAGUUAAAUAUGGCUUUGCAGGCUGGAACAUGCGAGGGUCCACUAACUUUGUGAGAAAUGAGACACUGGUCCUUCUGGGUAGAGAAUACAAUCCUCUUAAUGAACUGGAUGUUCACGAUGCAGAUGAUUCCAUUGUGACAGAAGUCAGACGUUCUGAGAUGAGGAAAUUCAAGGAGGAUUAUCAAUCACGCUUAUGGUUCACAUACCGCAAAGAUUUCCCUCCCAUUAAGGAUUCCAUCAUUACAACUGACUGUGGCUGGGGCUGCAUGCUGAGGACUGGCCAGAUGAUCUUGGCACAAGCUCUCAUCAUCCACUUCCUUGGUAGAGGUUGGCGUUGGAAGUACCGAGAGACACCUCAAGAAGGUCGUCUUCACAGGAAAAUUGUGCAGUGGUUCGACGACAGUGCUGGAUCAAGCACACACAGGUGUCCUUUCUCCAUUCAUGCCAUGGUUCAUGCUGGUCUGGACUAUGGAAAGCAGGCUGGGGACUGGUAUGGCCCUUCUUCAGUCGCUCACAUCUUGCGGGAGGCUGUUGAAGCUGCCUCUCAGUCUGAGAAACUUCUAGAAGAUCUCAGGGUCUACGUUGCCCAGGACUGCACAGUGUACUUGGAUGACCUUAUAUUGACAUGUACAACGAUGAAGCCAUCGUUGUCAUAUCCAGCAGAAGCUGUAGAUGCAUUGAGGCCCUUGCAGGGAGCAUCUCCACCUCAUGCAAUGAUCUAUCCAGAUCUUGGGUUGUACCUCUCAUCUGGUGAUGCAUUUAGGAAUCCCCGUGUGCCUGCAUCUGAUGGCUUAUACCCACAACUUGUGAGAGUAGAAGCUGAGUGGAAGGCUGUUUUGAUUUUGGUGCCGCUGCGACUUGGUGGAGACAAACUGAAUCCUGUCUACCUCCCCUGCCUCAAGAGGCUUCUCCUCACAGAGACCUGUGUUGGCAUCAUUGGUGGAAGACCAAAGCAUUCUCUCUACUUUGUUGGUUUUCAAGGCGAUUCUUUGAUCUGCUUGGAUCCACACUUUGUGCAGUCAUACUGUGACACCACAAGGGCAGAUAAUCUGCUGGAUUCAUAUCAUUGUCCAACUCCAAGGAAGAUCUCCUGGUCCCGAAUGGACCCUUCCUGCUGCCUUGGGUUUUACUGCCGCACCAAGGAUGAUCUCGUAGAUCUCAUGCUCACCGUGAAAGAGUGCAUAUUGCCAAACAGUGAUGGGAGCCAAGGAUACCCACUGUUCCACUUCAGCAAGGGGCAAGCUGUGAGCAUGGAACCACCUCACCUUGUUCCAGAAGAACGCAUUCUCAGCCUUCAUCGCCGAUUUGUCAAUCAUCUUGGGGAGAUUGAAGAAACAGAGAACUCCGAGGAUUUUGUUUUUAUUUGAUAAUAUUUGUCACCUGCUCUCAAGUUUUUGUUUUCCCCCUCUCAUUAUUUUUGCAGUUGAGCUUAAUGUUAUUCUCUUCUUCCUAUUAGACCUGUGGAAGCAAUAAGUCUUCAGUCAUUCAACAUUAAAUAAUACCUGCAAAGGAUGCUGAGAGUAUCUGGGUUAGCUGUAGUUCAUUUGAUCUGUUGAAAAAUAUAGGACUUUGGUUCAAACACGAAAGCCUAUUGUGUAAUGUUAAGCUCAGUUUUCCUGUUUGUAAGUCCUGUUUCAGUUUUU